AUGGCUGGAUCAAUAGACCAAUCACUCAUAACAAGUACACAACAACUUAAAGGAAAAAAAAAUGGCGAGAAAGAUAAGAAUAAGUCCUCUGUCAACUUGAAAAAAGACCGCAAAGAGAUGCUAUAUGGCAUAUUAAACGAAAGAAACAUAAGGCAAAUUCAGUUUGGUGUGAGUAAAAGAUUCCCUACGUGGUAUGGGAGCGCGGUUUAUUUUGAUCCAGAAACAAAAAGAUUAGGAUGCUCUGAGUCCAGGAGUCAGGUUCACUCCGGAUCCAACAACCAAUACUGGCUAGAUACCCUGUUUGUUUGUGAAUACUGUUUUAAAUAUACCGACGAUCAGACAGUGUUUAUAGCACAUGCCGCAGCUUGUCCAUUUCAGAAACAUGCUCCAGGCAAAAUAAAAUACAAGAGCCCCGAAUACACAAUCAGACGAGUGAAAGGAUCCAAAUAUCAACUGUUUUGCCAAUGUCUUUGUCUUUUUACGAAGUUAUUUUUAGACAACAAAUCCAUGUACUUUAAAGUAGAUCAUUACGAGUUUUACGUAGUUUAUGAAACUGGAUCAACAAAGCCAAUGGGGUUUUUUUCUAAGGAUUUGGUUUCGUAUCAACAAAACAACCUAGCAUGCAUAUUAACACUGCCACCAUAUCAGAGACGUGGAUUAGGCUCAUUACUUAUUGAGUUCUCAUAUAAAUUAUCUCAAUUAGAAGGCGUUAUAUCAGGGCCAGAAGUGCCGUUAUCGCCCUUCGGAUUGAUUGGGUACCUGAAAUAUUGGUCACGAAUACUCUAUUGGCAUCUCAUUGAAGGAGAUCUCGCACAUUUUGAUAAAGUGAGCUUGGAAGAUCUUUCUAUUGUGACUGGAAUGAGAGUCAGUGAUAUUAUUCUGACUUUGAAGCACUUAAACUGUAUUGGUGAAAAUAAUCAAAUUUACUUGCAAUCCUUGAAUACUUGGUUCAAGUCAAAUGGAGCCAAAGGCAACUGGUUUAAGCUGCAAGAUGAAUACUUGCUUAUAGAUGACUAG